AGUGUGUUCCGGUGUGUCCGUGGACUUCCACGUGUGUUUGUGUUCACAGACUGUUUCUAACACAAGUCUUUGAAAAUGUCCGCAGAUCUUCGAGCGGAGCUGGAGGCUUUUCUGGACACUUUAAACAUCCACACGACCUGCGUGGAACAUCCGCCGGUGUUCACGGUGGAGGAGAUGAUGCCUCACCUGCAGGAUGUCAGCGGAGUCGUCUCCAAGAACCUUUUUCUGAAAGACAAGAAGAAGAAAGGCCUGUGGCUGGUGUCGGCACGCCACGACCACCAAGUGAACCUCAACGACCUUGCCAAGAAGCUGGGCGUCGGUAGCGGUAACCUGCGCUUUGCGGACGAGGCCACCAUGUUAGAAAAGCUAAAGGUGGGGCAGGGCUGUGCCACUGCCCUCGCUCUGCUCUUCGAUAAGGACCAGAGCGUGAAGUUCGUCCUGGACCGGGACCUGAUGGAGGGCGGCCACGACAUGGUCUACUUCCACCCCAUGACCAACGCCGCCAGCAUGGGGCUACGACCCGACGACCUGCUGCGCUUCCUCAAGGCAACGGGACACGAACCUGUCCUCGAGAGCUUCGAGUAGAAUGGAACCAGAACCAGAGCCUGGAGCUGGACUGGGUUCGAUAUGAGGACACAAACCUGAGUUUUAUCAAAAAGGGAAAAGAAAACCCCCUCCAGACUCCAGAACAGAUAACCACACUUGACUUUUGAUUUAAGACUAAAAAUGAAACAACGCAGAAAACAAACGGACCGCUCAGAACUCUGUUAAACCUGUUCAUUUCUACCUGCGACUUUGUGAAGGCCGAGUUGGUUUGUUAAAGGGCCAGGCUGUGUUUACGUCUCACUAUUUACUGCUGAUAAUUUUAUUGACUCAUCACAUUUUCUUAACAUAGAAAAGGAAGAUUGACAGAAAAUGAAUAUACAACUACACUACAUUUAAGGUCAUCCUGAUGAAGAUCCUUCCAUUGGAUAAUUACUGCAGUGAUUAAUACAUUUCAUCCCAACAAAAACAAAUGAUUUAACCCUAACUGAUAAAGUGAAGAUCUUCUCAUUUCGAGGGCACCCAUGUAAAAGGAUACCCUGUAGUCAUGGAAAAGAUGUGACU